ACAACUCCCAGAAACCCUCAGCAAGGUUCUCCCAAGAUGCAUCUCGGCGUUAAUGCGCUGAGGCAAGAUGGCGAGUAAAACAGGCAAAGACGGUCCUCCUCCUUUUGAUUGUCCAUCAUGGGCAGGCAAACCACCCACAGGACUCCAUCUGGACGUGAUGAAGGGGGACAAAUUGAUAGAGAAACUGAUCAUAGAUGAGAAGAAGUUUUACCUGUUUGGGAGGAACCCUGACUGGUGUGACUUCACCAUUGACCAUCAGUCCUGCUCUCGGGUUCAUUCGGCAUUAAUCUACCACAAACACCUAAAAAGGGUCUUCCUCAUAGACCUAAACAGCACACACGGUACUUUCUUAGGGCACAUUCGCCUUGAGCCCCACAAGCCUCAGCAAGUUCCCAUAGACUCGACGAUAUCUUUUGGGGCUUCCACACGGACCUACACUAUUAGAGAGAAGCCCCAAACCCAAGGCACCGCUGGCACAGGAGACAGUAAGACAGGAGAUGAAGAGGAACUCAAAGGACUACUUGGACUUCCAGAGGAAGAGACAGAGCUAGAGAAUCUUACAGAGUUUAACACGGCUCACAACAAGCGCAUCUCCAUCUUGACGAUCGAGGAAGGCAACCUGGAAAUCCAGCGACCAAAGAGGAAACGCAAGAACUCCAGAGUUACUUUCAAUGAAGAAGACUCUAUCAUUAAUCCAGAAGACAUAGAUCCCUCAGUUGGACGAUUUAGAAAUAUGGUGCAGACAGCUGUCAUCCCCAUGAAGAAACGGAGAUUCGACAGCCAGAAUACACUGGGUUUGGAUGACCUGGCUUCGAAGCGCAUUCACGGCUACAAUUUAGGUGGAGGCUUGUAUGGGGACUUGCCUCCCACCAGCCAUGAGAACAAGCCAACAGGAGCUCCAGGAGGUGCUGCUAUGCAAGGCGGGCUUCCGCUGCCCUUCCCCAACCCGGCACCAGAGGUAGAUCUGGCCCCAGAGGCUCCUCAGCCGCCGAUCACCCUCAACCCCACACCGGUCACAGCCCCCUACCUCCCAGAGACCCUCAACGAGCCACGGAAAAAGAAGUACGCCAAAGAAGCUUGGCCGGGGAAGAAACCCACCCCGUCACUUCUCAUCUAACCAGUUUUUUAACACUGCUGACUCUCAGGUUCCCAGCAGAAGCUUCAGGGACUGUGACCUGCCAGAGGUGGACUUCUUCACUUCUGUUUUUAUUUGUUGUGUUAUACAAGACGAGUGCUAAGUACUCUACACGUCCUCCACAAACUACAUCAAUAGCAGAACGGUUUAGUUUUAACAACAAAAUACCUGGCAAAACCUAUCAACUACAGAGUGUCCGUUAUUACAUGCUCAUCUGAGUGAUGGGCUAUGUGGAUAUAAUGAUGGAUUUAUGUGUUAAAUGGCUUUGAUUUGAUGUCAAGUUGUAUUUUCUACAUGUUUCAAAUUUUUUUAACUCUUUCAGAAUAUUGAUAAAAGUAUUAAAAAAGGGUUGCAAAAAAGUGGUUUUAUUGAUAUCUUACAGUGUGAAGUCAAGACAGCCCCAAGACUUCGAAACACAGUUGCAUUUUAUUUUUUAUGAUGGAAUGAGAUCAGCUAUUUUACUCAGAAUUGUUUUCAGUCUGUUUAUUAAGCCAAUAUUGUCAGCUGAGGUGUCUUGUUACCCAUAAAAGCCACUAGGUGGCGACUUGAGCAAACACUUCGUUUUCAAUGAGAAGCUGAAAAUGGCAAUUUGGAUUUGCAGCUUAAAGCAAUUCACUUUCACAACAAUAUCCUAUUAUUUUUUAACUUUAGACUUUAUUAAUCUUAUGUUAUGUUUGAUAUAGUUGGCUUCCCAUAUUCUCAAAAGAAAUAUACUGUAAAUAUAAUACUUUUUAUUUUGUUAUUUAGAUGGACUUUUGCAAAGUACAAGUGCAGCAGAUUGGACACUAGCACAAUAACAAACAACUGCAACAUAAAAGGUUACUAAUAGUAGAAAUGUUCAGAUUCAGAUUGUUGCACUGCAUUAACAUCUGUGAAAUGUUACUGCCUUUAACAAGUGUUAAAGCUUAAAUAAACCAGUGAAGAAAAAAUCAAAAAUGAUGCACAUAUUAAAAGCUUUGACAGAAAUCACAACAACACUGUAGUUCUGCUUUCCAGGAUUUUCCCUUGAAAAAGAUUGAAAAUAAAGGUCUGGCAGCUUUGA